ACUAAUAGCUAUAGCUACAGCAAGUACACGUACAAUGCUUCCGCUAACCAAUACAGCGUCGCCAAUUCGCCGGUCAAGUACACCACACACAAAGCGUCAACGGCCGCUAGUACCGCCAACGACUUGGCUUACUCCGCAUACGCCGCUUACGCUUCACAAGCACAAGCACACGCUGCACAAGCCGCACAUGCGUAUGUCACAGCCGCCUCCUCUUAUCCGUCCACCAGUCUUUCGAAUGGCGCGCACGCCGACUCGCAGUCUUACAACAGCUACAGUGGCUUGAACGGUCACGCCACCUCCACUUCAUCCACCGCCGCCACUGGCAUAUUGCCCACACCACAUUCGGUUGCCUCCACGGCUGUUUCCGCCGCCUCAGCGGUUGCCUACCAGCAUGCCCAACAACAACAGCAUCAGCAACAACAAAUGUUGCGUCUCUACAACCAGUACGCCGCGGUGCCCACAAGCGUGGCCACCUCGUACGCCAACCUCCUGGCGGCUUCUCAUGGCGGCUAUGCCACACCCACAACCACAAUGGCGCACAUGUCCGCCGCGUCCGGCAUGACUGUACCAUCGUACGCCUCAGCGUAUGGCAUUACGCCUUCAUCGGCUGCUGCCACUGGCACACUAACACCUACUUAUGCCUACAGUGCCUACGGCAGCGCUACGCCUACAGGCUAUUAUGCCGAUGCCAGCGCUCUUGCCAAGGAGGCCGCACAAAAGAACUAUAUUAAUGCGAUGAAGAUGGCCGCCGCUGCCAACGCAACGGCCUUGAGCGGCAAACCGCUUACCGCUGCUGCCGCUGCCAUGCCAACCGCAGCCAGCUAUGCCGGCCUACAAUUGGGUAAAGCCUACAUGACCGCGCUGCCAAGUAGCGCCAAUGCCAUAGCUGCCCAUCAACAACAUGCCGCGCUACUGCAGCACGCCGCACAUGCCCAACAGGCGGCACAGUCUCAGCAGUUGGCUGCCGCUCAUGCACAGCAUGCCGCAUAUGCGCAGCAGCUGCAGCGUUCAGCCCUGUCGGCGGGUUCGCUGCCCAAUUCGGGCAUGUCGACACCUGUCGGUACGCGAGUGCAUACACCCACACCAGGCACCGCAGCUGCAGCAGCCGGUGGACUACUGACACGACCUUCUUCGGCUGCUGGCGGUUAUAUUAGCGCAGCUGCGGCGCACAAUGCGCUGCGUCCUCAGGCUAUGCAGCUGGCUGCCGCACCUACAGCCGCCGCUGGUAAUCCGCAAUAUGCCGCUGCCGCCGCUGCGGCUGCAAUGCAACAGCAAGGUUUCUUUUACCCAGCUGGAAUGAUGGCUGCGCCGGCAGCCGCCGCUUAUCCAUAUGCGGCUAUUGGUGCC